AUGGAGUCCAACGCGCCUAAAAGCAAACUGAAAAAGCUUAGCGAGGACAGUUUGACCAAACAACCAGAAGAAGUGUUUGAUGUUUUAGAGAAAUUAGGCGAAGGUUCAUAUGGCAGCGUAAAUAAGGCGAUACACAAAGAGUCAGGCCAAGUUGUGGCCAUCAAACAAGUUCCUGUGGAGUCUGAUCUGCAGGAGAUUAUCAAGGAGAUUUCAAUAAUGCAGCAGUGUGACAGUCCCUAUGUGGUCAAAUACUAUGGAAGCUACUUCAAGAACACAGAUCUGUGGAUUGUGAUGGAGUAUUGUGGCGCUGGAUCCGUUUCUGACAUCAUCAGACUCCGCAGCAAAACGCUGACGGAGGAUGAGAUUGCCACUAUCCUGAAAUCAACUCUGAAAGGUCUUGAAUAUCUUCACUUCAUGAGAAAGAUUCAUCGAGACAUAAAGGCUGGAAACAUUCUCCUCAACACAGAGGGACAUGCCAAAUUGGCCGAUUUUGGAGUGGCCGGACAACUAACGGAUACGAUGGCAAAGAGGAAUACUGUUAUAGGAACACCGUUUUGGAUGGCCCCUGAAGUUAUUCAAGAAAUUGGCUACAAUUGUGUGGCAGAUAUCUGGUCCUUGGGAAUCACAGCUAUAGAAAUGGCUGAGGGCAAGCCUCCAUAUGCAGAUAUUCAUCCAAUGAGGGCAAUAUUUAUGAUCCCCUCAAACCCGCCUCCGACAUUUAGAAAACCCGAGCUUUGGACGGAUGAGUUUACCGACUUUGUGAAGAAAUGUCUCGUGAAGAAUCCAGAGCAUAGAGCAACAGCUACACAACUUUUACAGCAUCCAUUCAUCACUCAGGCUAAACCAGUUACCAUUUUGAGAGAUCUGAUCACCGAGGCUAUGGAGAUGAAGGCAAAGAAGCAACAAGAGCAGCAACGAGAACUGGAGGAGGAUGAUGACAACUCUGAGGAAGAGACCGAGGUGGACUCUCACACAAUGGUGAAGUCUGGCACAGAUGGACCAGGGACAAUGCGAGCGACCAGCACCAUGAGCGACGGGGCUCAGACCAUGAUAGAACACGGUAGUACCAUGUUGGAGUCAGACCUGGGAACCAUGGUGAUCAACAGUGAUGACGAAGAGGACGAUGAUGACCAAGGAUCAAUGAGAAGACAUGCAACAUCCCAGCAGCCCAUCCGUCCUUCCUUCAUGGACUAUUUUGACAAACAAGACUCAAAUAAGGCCUCACAGCAGCAGGAAAACUACAACCACAACCAGCCUCAGGAGCAGCCUGGGUACCACAUCCAGUCUAAAAAUGUCUUUCCAGACAACUGGAAGGUCCCACAAGAUGGAGAUUUUGACUUUUUGAAAAAUCUAGACUUUGAUGAGCUGCAGAUGCGCCUCAGUGCCUUGGAUCCAAUGAUGGAGAGAGAAAUCGAGGAGUUACGUCAGCGCUACACUGCAAAAAGACAACCCAUUUUGGACGCCAUGGAUGCCAAGAAACGGCGACAGCAAAACUUCUGA